AUGACAUCAAAUGCCACUGGUGCAAGCAAGCCUCAACAGAUCAUACCGGUUAAAUGUGUUAUGAUCGGUCCUUCAUUCGCUGGCAAGACCAGUUUAGUUGUAAGAUUAGUCAAAGAUACAUUCCAUAAUGAACAAGCAGCAACUGUUGGUGCUAUGUUCUUGAACAAGUUCUUCAACUUUGAUAAAUAUGUCAUCAAGUUUGAGCUUUGGGAUACAGCUGGACAGGAGAAGUUCCAUUCAUUGGCGCCAAUGUACUUUAGAGGUGCAAAGAUAGCUGUGGUCGUUUUUGAUAUAUCCAACAUCGAAUCAUUUAACAAGGCUAAAUCAUGGACCAGAGAGUUCAAAUCACAUUCUACAGAGCAGGCCAUUAUGGUGCUGGUUGGCAAUAAGUGUGAUCUCGACCGAGCCAUACCGGUGGAUGUGGCAGAGCAAUAUGCACGCGAAGAAGACAUGAUUUACUUUGAAGCGUCGGCAAAGGACAACACCAAUGUAAAUAAUAUAUUUCAAAUAUUGGCCGAGAAAAUACCUCCACCUAGCAAUGAACCGACAGGCAAGGAUGAUCAUGUCGUCUCUGUUGCCAGAUCAAAGGAGAAGGAGAAGAAGAAGUGUUGUUGA